GCUUUGUUCAGUGUAAGAGACUAGAAUGAGUGCUCAUCCUCACUAUCCGCCGCCACCACAACAAACGGCAACAACAUCAUCUACGCACCAAGAAUCUUUGGAUGAAAAAGAAGCUCGUUGGAGAACAGAUCCGGUUUUAAAAUCGAUUUUUAUGCGCCCUCAAAGACCCGAAUUGUACCCAUUAACAGCUUGGGAGAGCUGCCUAAACCCAGUAACAGCGUUUUACAAUAAUGUAAUUGAUAGAAAUCUCUCUGCUUAUACACUGUAUCAAAACGUUGAGUAUGCAAGGCAUACAUCAAGCAGAUUAUUUCCACCUAACGUUUUGGCAGAAAUGUCACGAGUUAUGCGUACAAAGCUACAAGAAGUUGAUUUUUUGGAUCGCCAAUGGGUUAAUGUUUUACAAAAAACAGCUGCAUUCUUUCAAAAUUCGCCAAUGUCUAAUUACACAAUUCUUCCCCCAUUUGUUGUAAUUAGCGAACAAGAACAAUUUAAUAUUGCGGCUUAUUAUGCUUAUCUCGAUUAUGGUCAAGCUGCAAAUAGACCAGUAUAUAGAUUUGGACAAAGUGGAGAUACUCAAAAUAGGGGGGAAGUACUUAAUAAUACUUUAAAACGCAAAUGGAGCACUGAAGAUGUGAAUGAGCCCAAAAAGAAAAGAAUGAAUUUUCAUAAUAAUAACAACACUUUUAGCCAUACUUCAAAUGCCGCUAUGAAAUGAUUUUAUUAAUUAUUCAAGUUCAAAGUGCGAAAGGCUAAUUUUUUUAUUGUAAUUCAAUUCUACCAAUUGUUAAUCUAUUUAUAUCGGCCACUUUGUUACUUAAAUUAUAAAUUAUAUCAUAUAAUCAUGUAGUAAUUUGUAACCAACAUUUUUCAAAUAAAAAUAUUUAUUACUCA